AUUCGACUGCGGCUCGGGCGUGGGCGUCGUCCGCUCCGAGGAAACCGUCCUCCUCAACCAGUGGAACCACGUAACCCUCUACCGCCACCGGUGGGACGCGUGGCUGCAGCUGAACGGCGGCAAGCACGUGCAGGGUCGCAGCAAGGGCCUCUUCUCCAGGAUAACCUUCAGGGAGCCACUGUUCAUCGGCGGCCCGGGCAACACCACCGGCCUUACGGAAAAGCUUCUCGUGGCGAGAGGGCUCAGGGGGUGCAUUAGGCAUCUGGAAGUGAACGACCACGUGUACAAGUUCGCGCUGGAUCCGAGGGGUGAGGCCACGAAGGGAUACGGGAUAG